UCUGGCCAGUAGAAGAGAGAGAUUUUCUAACCAUUGACCAGAUUCGAGUCCGCAGACACGAAAGGUAGCAGCGGGAGAUUGGGAGAGAAAGAAGAGGAGAAGAGGAAGAAGACGACGACGAUCCCUUCGCUUCCUCUUUAACCCCCAUUUCCUCUCUCUCGCUGCAUCUGCCUCUCUGCUCUCAAGCUCCUUCCCCACCGUCGUCAAUGGCGCCCUCAGACAACUCCCGCCAAUCCCUGAUCCCGACCUUCCUGUACUCCUCUUCCCCAUCCACCUCCUCCGCUAGGCCGUUGUUCCUUGAGAAGAUGCUCGGAGCUGGAUCCCGCUCAUUCCCCGCCGUGGAUCGGGAACCCGCACCAGCCCCCGUGGGGCAGAGGGGUUUCGUGAUCCCGGCCCCCAGCGAGCCCGGGAAGAAGAUCGAGAUGUACUCGCCCGAGUUCUACGCAGCCUGCACCGCCGGCGGUAUCCUCAGCUGCGGUCUCACCCACAUGACCGUCACCCCUCUCGACCUCGUCAAGUGCAAUAUGCAGAUUGACCCUGCCAAGUACAAGAGCAUCACUUCGGGAUUUGGAGUCCUGCUCAAGGAGCAAGGCGUUAAGGGAUUCUUCCGAGGAUGGGUGCCCACUUUGUUAGGUUAUAGUGCCCAGGGAGCCUGCAAGUUUGGAUUCUAUGAGUUCUUCAAGAAGUACUACUCUGACAUUGCCGGACCAGAGUUUGCUUCCAAAUAUAAGACUUUGAUCUACCUUGCUGGUUCCGCAUCUGCUGAGGUGAUCGCCGAUGUUGCUCUCUGCCCCUUUGAGGCAGUGAAGGUCAGGGUGCAAACUCAGCCCGGCUUCGCUAGAGGUCUCUCUGAUGGUUUGCCUAAGUUUGUGAGAUCUGAGGGUGCUCUUGGGUUGUACAAGGGUAUUGUUCCUCUUUGGGGCCGUCAGAUUCCAUACACCAUGAUGAAGUUUGCAUCUUUCGAGACCAUAGUUGAAAUGAUCUACAAGUACUCCAUUCCUCAACCAAAGGAUCAGUGCAGCAAAUCUUUGCAGCUUGGUGUGAGUUUUGCUGGUGGAUACGUUGCUGGUGUUUUCUGCGCCAUUGUGUCUCACCCCGCUGACAAUCUUGUGUCUUUCCUCAACAACGCUAAAGGAGCCACUGUUGGUGAUGCUGUGAAGAAGCUCGGUCUGUGGGGACUCUUUACACGUGGGCUUCCUCUUCGUAUUGUCAUGAUCGGAACUCUCACUGGUGCCCAGUGGGGUAUCUAUGAUGCAUUCAAAGUUUUCGUUGGACUGCCGACCACGGGAGGUCCUGCCCCCGCUGCUGCCCUGGCAAAGGCUUAAGCUGUCAAAGGCUGACGAGGACUAAGUAGUCAUCAGCAAUUUUCAAACCUCAGAAGUCAUUUCUUUUAGGGAUUUAAUAAUACGAUGAUAUGAUAUUCGGGAGCUUUGCUUGAGUGGCUCUCGAGACCGUUUCAAUUAUUCUUUUUCACAUUAAGACUUCAGUGCCCACAUUUUUUGAGUCAGCUCGAUUAUGGUAUUCCCAGGAGGAUGUUGUCAAUCCUCUUGAAUCGUUUUGUAGUCAGAUUGAUGCAUUGAAAUUCAAUGUUGAAUUUAGAGCAUUCAUCUCCUGAGGGCCAAAAGGAACGGGGAGAUUAUAUAUGGACAUGAAGAGGAAUAAAUGGGCAGAUAUUGUUUGUGACGGUGAAUUCUCUCUGACAAUGAAAAGAAAAUUUUUGCCUA